UUUAUAAAGCGCCGCCCCCCCCGCAACACGCCGUCGUAGCGGAUCAGCUCUGCUCCAGAUAUCCCACCGGAUCAGCUUUAACCGAAACACAGAUUGGAGGUAGAAAAUGGCAUCCACCAAGGAGAAGCUGAUUGCCCAUGUGAGCACCGAGCAGCCAGUGGGCUGCACCAACAAGGUGACUGUGGUUGGAGUUGGCAUGGUGGGCAUGGCCGCUGCCAUCAGCAUCCUGCUCAAGGAACUUACUGAUGAGCUGGCCCUGGUUGAUGUGAUGGAGGAUAAGCUGAAGGGAGAAGCUAUGGACCUGCAGCAUGGUAGUCUCUUCCUCAAGACUCAUAAAAUUGUGGCUGACAAAGACUACAGCGUGACUGCCAACUCUAAGGUCGUGGUGGUGACUGCUGGGGCUCGCCAGCAGGAGGGAGAGAGCAGGCUGAACCUGGUGCAGAGGAAUGUCAACAUCUUUAAGUUUAUCAUUCCCAACAUUGUAAAGUACAGCCCCAACUGUAUCAUGCUGGUGGUGUCCAACCCAGUUGAUAUCCUGACCUACGUGGCAUGGAAGCUGAGUGGCCUUCCCCGGAACCGUGUGAUCGGUAGCGGCACCAACCUGGACUCUGCUCGAUUCCGCUUCCUGAUGGGUGAGAAACUGGGUCUGCACGCAUCCAGCUGCCACGGCUGGGUGAUUGGAGAGCAUGGCGACUCCAGUGUGCCUGUAUGGAGUGGCGUGAAUGUAGCUGGUGUUUCCUUGCAGGGUCUCAACCCAGACAUGGGUACAGACAAGGACAAGGAUGAGUGGAAGAAUGUCCACAAAAUGGUGGUUGACAGUGCUUACGAGGUCAUCAAGCUGAAGGGCUACACAUCCUGGGCUAUCGGCAUGUCUGUAGCUGACCUGUGUGAGAGCAUCCUGAAGAACCUUCACAAAUGCCACCCAGUGUCCACCCUGGUCAAGGGAAUGCACGGUGUGAAUGAUGAAGUUUUCCUGAGUGUGCCCUGCGUCCUGGGCAGCAGCGGCCUGACCGACGUGGUGAAGAUGACCCUGAAACCGGAAGAGGAGAAACAGCUGGUAAAGAGUGCUGAAACCCUGUGGGGUGUGCAGAAGGAGCUGACCUUAUGAACAGUAACCUCUCCUUACACAUAGCCUCACUCAAAAGUGAUGCCCCAACAUGUCUAACACUUUUUCCCUGACCCAGUCCUCAACUCUUCAGUCUGGGUCCGGUGUCUCCAAGCAGGCCUCGGACUCCUAGACCUCAACACUCCUCACUGUAACUUUAGAGGAGGAUAGAUAUUUGUGUCGUCUCGAAUGUAAUGAGUAAUAUAUAUUAUGGUCUUUUGUGAAAAUGUGUGUUUGGGUGUUAAUGCUUCAUGUUGUCUUUCGCACUCCUGAUGGUAGGAUUUUCAAAGAAUUGUAUUUGAACAGGGUGGUCGGCCAGUUUGGGUUUCUGUAUGGUAUAAGUGUGCAUUCUGAGCUCAACAGGCAUUCCAUCCUAUUUUCUUCCCGAUACAAAAUAAAACCAAAGCAGUCAGCAAGAGCCACUUCCUGUGAAAUCAAAGCUGCAUUGUAUAUUUGGUGAAAUGCCAGCAGCUGUAUUUAAGGCAUGCAUUUUUAUACACAAUCAACCAAAAGUGCACCGAUUUCACAUUUUGAUUGAACUCCAAGUAAACUGAGUUUGAGAUCUCAGAUGUACACCAACAGUGGAACAAGUACCAGAGACCCAAAUUGAAUUAUGCUGUGGCUCAUUUAAACCGCUGGCAUUAUCUCAGUAAAAGUUCAUUUGUUUCUAAUGGCUUGUUCAUGCAGCAUUCACACCUACUUGUGAUAUGUGCAUGUUAUCUCAUCUGCAGAGAUUAUUUUUGUAUAUUUGUUCACGUGAACUGAAACGUGCUCCUAGUUGCAUUUUACUGAGACACAGAUCUUAAAGUGGAACCUGAUGUGUUGUGGCUGUCUAGCAUUUCACUCCUAACUCCCUUCACUUCAAAAUAAAGGUUUAACUGUACAAAA